UAGUCGUCGCGUAGGUGAGCUUGACCGGACUUCACUUCCUGCUAAGACGGCGGCAGGAGGAGGAGCGGAAAACAUCCGACGCGACGAAGGUGUCGACAACUGAUGGCCACACUUUCACGAAGACAAACGCCGAAAGUGUCCGAACUUGUCUCAAUCGGGUCCGCCGCCGAAAGAUGCUGACUUGAUCGUGACAGUGACUAGGGGAAAUCGGGCAAGCGACGCAGCAAACUGACCUGCCAUGGCGGCUCGGCGUCAGAGGCCAGCGGACAUGCCAGACGGUUCAGUGGAGUCCAAAAGGACUGAGAAAAAAUGCUCCUGGGCCUCCUACAUGACCAAUUCUCCUACUGUCAUUGUGAUGAUUGGAUUGCCUGCUCGGGGGAAAACCUACAUGUCCAAGAAGCUGACACGCUACCUCAACUGGAUCGGGGUACCAACUAAGGUAUUCAACCUCGGAGUUUAUAGGAGAGAAGCCGUGAAGUCAUACAAGUCCUAUGACUUCUUUAGACAUGACAACGAAGAAGCCAUGAAAAUAAGAAAACAGUGUGCGGUGGUGGCACUACAAGAUGUCAAGUCCUAUCUGAAUGAGGAAGGAGGGCAGAUUGCUGUAUUUGAUGCUACCAACACCACCAGGGAGAGACGGGAGCUCAUCCUUAAUUUUGCAAAGAAUAAUUCCUACAAGGUGUUUUUUGUGGAAUCAGUAUGUGACGAUCCAGAUGUCAUUGCUGCAAACAUUCUGGAUGUGAAAGUAUCAAGUCCCGACUACCCAGAGCGGGACAGAGAAAGUGUCAUGGAAGAUUUUCUCAAGAGGAUAGAGUGUUAUAAAGUAACUUACCAGCCUUUGGAUCCAGAUGAACAUGACAAGAGACUGUCGUUUAUUCAGGUCAUCAACGUCGGCCGCCGUUUCCUGGUCAACAGGGUGCAGGACUACAUUCAGAGUAAAAUUGUCUACUACCUCAUGAACAUCCACGUGCACUCCCACUCCAUCUACCUCUGUCGACACGGAGAAACCCAUCACAAUCUGCAAGGACGCAUUGGCGGAGAUUCCGAGCUGUCAGACAGAGGGAAGCAGUUUGCUGUAGCACUGAAGGGUUUUAUCAAGGAACAUCGUCUGUCGGACCUGAAAGUUUGGACCAGUCAGCUGAGGCGUACAAUUCAAACUGCAGAGGAGCUCGGCGUUCCCUACGAGCAGUGGAAGAUCCUUAACGAGAUUGACGCUGGAGUGUGUGAAGAGAUGACGUACAAAAUAAUUGAGCAAACGUACCCAGACGAGUAUGCGAUGAGGUACCAGGACAAGUAUCACUACCGCUAUCCUGGAGGAGAAUCCUACCAGGACCUCGUGCAGCGGCUGGAGCCAGUUAUCAUGGAGCUGGAGCGUCAGGGCAACGUGCUGGUCAUCUGUCAUCAAGCUGUCAUGCGUUGCCUUCUUGCCUACUUCCUGGACAAGAGCGCAGACGAUCUUCCGUACUUAAAGUGUCCCUUGCACACUGUCCUCAAACUCACCCCUGUGGCUUAUGGUUGUAAAGUGGACAUGUUUGACCUGAAUGUGGAGGCCGUCAACACUCACAGGGACAGACCUUUCAACAAAGAGCGAGGAGAGAUCCCACCAACUUUCUACCGAAGGAACAGCUUCACACCACUUUCCAGCCACGACCAGAUCAAGCGGCCUCGCCUUUACAGUGUCGGCAACCCUCCGCAGCCUCCCUUGUCCCAGACUCCCGUUUUACCCAACAUGCAGUUCUCCGCGGUAUCAGAGGGCAUGGAGCUGCGCGAAAGAGAGAAGUCCCUGAACGGCUUCAGUGCAGGAGACAUAAACGACUGCGCUGGCGACUAAAGGAAAGGUUAUUUAGUCUCGACAUAAAUGGCCGACCAGAUGUCUCUGGGUCACAUGAAACUCCAACACAAUCACUGUACAGAUAUGUUAUGCGAUUUUAAGACUCCAUCCAUCAGUUCUUUGCAAAUCGGUAGCUACAGGGUGUCAAAUUCCUUUUUCUGUCUCGUACACUGUAAUCUUUUUUUUUUUUUGGUCACAGGAGCAGCACCUUAAAGCAAUUAAGGAGCCGCUCCUUUAAUAUUUUACACUGGCUUUAUACUCCUCGUUAGUGAAAUGAAUACAGUAAAGCCUCGGUUCUCGAACGUCCCCGUUUUCGAACAAAUGUCGAGAUUUUUUGCUUCUGUUUUCGAACAAAAAUCGGUACCCGAACGCCCCAGACAAAACCCAGAAAUAACAGUGCGCGGCCAGACCAGCUGACCCACGACACGCUUUGUUGUGAAUACCCACGCCGCCCAAAAAACCUGGAAAUACCAUAAUGCGCGCGGCACAAGCAGCUGACCCACCCACGACACGUUUUGUUAUUGUCAAUUUGAACGCCCCCCAGAAAAAAAACCUCUGAAAUGACAUAAUGCGCUUGUUUAAAGUUAUUCUGCAGUUUUGUUAAUGAAAUAUGUUUUUACAAGGAUGGGGGCCGAGUCGCUACAGAUACAACAAUGCACUCCCAGCCUAGCGUACUCUACUACUAAAGCAUACAUUUUAAGCAAAAAAAAAAUAUUUCUUAAAAUAUUUUAUUAUAUAAAGUAUUUUAACUGUACAUGUAUUCCUACUAUACAGUAUAUUAUCAGGAAAAGCUAAAAAAAAGGCUUUAAAAGCCUUUUUUUAGGCUUGGAACGCAUUAUUUCUUUUUCCAUUCAUUGUAAUGGGAAACAUUGAUUCGGUUUUUGAACAAAUCAUUUCUCGAACUGUUUUCUGGAACAGAUUGUGGUCGAGAACCGAGGCAUCACUGU